CACCAGCUUCCUCAAUUGAAUCUUCACAGUAGGACCGAGAAAGAGAAAUUGACACAGAAUAACCAUCAUGAGGUUUUUCCACUUCCAGAGAUUACUCGUCAACCUGUUGAUGCCCUGAAUGAAACUCAGUCCCGUCUUGCUAGUAGACUGUCGCUGCAGUCACAGUCUAUCACAAGUUUGACUACUCCCAAAUAUACCUCUUCGUCUAUUGCUAAUUUGCUUAAUGAUAUGUCAACGCCACAUCCAACGGAUUCGUUCAAGAACCACACUUCACCGCAUUCUAUUGCUAGUACUACUCCUACAAAUAACCAUAAUGAAAAGUUCCAUGCACAUGAAGAAACGGUCCACAAUCCAGAAGUGUUUCUGUUUUUUGAUCAGGAAGACUUGAACUUGCUUGCAUCUGAUUUGAACAACAUCGUCAGUAACAUAAUGUAUGAACUAAACUUUGAGGACAAGUUCGCCAAGCACAGAAACGAAGGUGACUACUCCGACAACUCAUUCAAAUCCACGCCUACAUCUCCUCCACAGCAAAAGGACGCAGCUAUUCCUAGGAAUAUACCUUUUGACUACAUCAAGGUUAAAAAGAGCCACGAGAAAUUGUAUCUUGAAGAGUUCUACAACGAGUUUUCUCAAAUAAUUCUUCCUUUCAGUUCGUUUGAUCCUGAUUCGAAGAAGUACUUCAAUCCGGCUAGAGAUAUAAUCCUUAGAAGCGCUUCCAACGAAUCAUUUCUCUUAGCAGCUGUUCUUGCGCAGGGUGCAAAGCUCUCUUUUCAAAAGAACAAUGUCCUGGAAGAUGAAGGGGCCUAUUGUAAUUAUUUGGCUAAAUGUCUAAAAUUGCUUGGCCCUGCUUUGGAAAGUGGUGCUGAGAGUUUGAACUCUAAUAUUGAAUCCGUAUUGUUGACUGUAUUAUUAUUGACUGCCGCAAAUGCUUCCAACUCAAAACAGGAUUGGAGACCUCAUCUUAAAGGUGCAAAAGAUAUCCUUUUGAAAACAUCGGCAAAUAAUUUCAAAAAUUCCAAUGUUUUAAUAUUCUGUAAAUCGUGGUUUGUGACAUUAGAAAUUUUGGCAGGUACAAGCUCUAAAUUAGGUGGUACUUUGGCAUCUGAGGAGGAGAUAGACUCCUUGAUAACCUCAGAUAACGAGUAUGAAACUUCCGUGUUAAAGGAGCUUGGAAUAGUUUUGGAUAAUGGCUAUAAUAUCAUGGGUGGAUAUCACAAUGACUGCGUUGGUCUAUUCAGAGAAUUGAUCAAGGUUUUGGCUAGAAAGAGAAAACAGGGGAAGGAUUUCAAGUUCGACAAUUCAUUUGACUAUAUUAAAUUGUUCUCAGAGUUUUACAAGUAUUCAGAAGUGGAGUUCAUCAACAAGAAGUGCAUUCUUACACCGGAAGAGUUUGAUAUUAAGAAUUCAAAGAAUUCUCCAUUGGUUGAUGUUCUAAACUUGGAUUCAUCAACUGUAAUUAUCAGUUGGAUGGACACUACUCACCAAUGUUAUGUGAUGGCAGCGUUAAUCACAAUCCUUACCACAUGUUUCGGAGAGCCAUUCAAUUCGCCUCAGGUACAAUUUCUUGCAAACAGAACUAUAUCGUUUAUGUCAUUUUUGACAAUGGCGCCAGAGGCGCCUAGGCUGAUUAUCAAAUGUGCUUUGAUGAUGAUUCAAUGGCCCAUGUUGGUAGCAGGUAUGAAUUGUAUAGAGGAGGAUGGUAAAUUUAUUUUGAUGAAAUUUUUUAGAUUCUCUUCUCAAGUUGGUUCUGGAGGUGCAAGUUAUGCUUUAAAGAGAAUUAGCAACAUAUGGAGUCGACAUGAAAAGGGCAUAAGCGAUUCAGAGUCUGAAGAUGACAAGGCUGUGGAUCUUGUAUCAUAUUAG